GCGCGCAUGAUGGUGAUCAUCUACAAGUUUGGGUUUGAGGACAGUCGAUAGUGACGUGUGAUCUCUAAGGACUUUCUUUCUAGGGUAGAUCCCAUAUGCUAUUCUUUAUCAGUUUUAAAAGGACAUUGUUGACGAACUACAUAUGUCCAGUGUUUUUCUUUACCUGGGAGCCUAAACGAUUCACACAUCCUCUACCACAGUUGAAUUMGAGGAGCUUUACGACGUUGCGGUACACGUGAUUGCAUCUUUCAAUCCUUUAUAGCAAUCAUAAUGGAGAUCAUACUGCGAUUUCAGGAUGCCAAACCUAUUCUCCUGAUUCUCCUGAACUAGCCUGUUACUUCUACAAAUAUCACUGAGAAGUGGGUUCUCUUUGGAAUACGAAACAUUUAAUUGCGUCACAUGUGAGUUCCCAAGCGUUCCAAGACACCUUUUUUUCGUCAGCUGUGAACCUCAAGAAGAUGCUACAUUUUUUACGCACCGGCUGCAUAGCCAUAUGAGAGCUUUUGCAAUGAGAGGUUCGUUCUCAACAUGUUUUUUCCAAGGAUUACACGUGGAGAGAGGCGCGUCGUAAGAGGAAGACCUGGCUGGUGAAAUUACUUUUGAUUUUUGUGAGAGGGUAUCGCUCUGUUCAAUGGCUCCGGCUUUGAGGUUGACUAAACGUAAGGAUGCCAGCCCAUGGCCAAGGAUGUCUUCAACUUUCUGGGCUGUGAUACUGUUGACCAGUCUCUUAAUCAUCUACUGCGGUCAACUGGCGGCGGGGACAUGUGAGAUUGUGAUGCUGGACAGGGACAGCAGUCAGCCCAGACGGACCAUCGCCAGACAGACUGCACGGUGCGCCUGUAAGAAGGGACAGAUCGCUGGGACGACAAGAGCCAUGCCAGCCUGUGUGGACGCUAGUAUCGUCCGGACCAAACAGUGGUGUGAGAUGGUCCCAUGUCUGGACGAUGAGGGCUGUGACCUGUUAAUCAAAGAAACUGGAUGGACUUGUACACAACCAGGAGGCAGAGUCAAAACCACUACGGCUCUAUGACGUGACUGGAGUCCCUGGGGGCCCUCCAUUCCGCUGACAGUACCAUGGCGGAGGAGAGCAUUGGUGACCAUGACAGACAGCCUCAGCCCAUACCACCAACCACCACCACCACCACCACUGGUCCAUUACUACAGACAUGAGCAACCUACACAACCAACUCUAAACCAUGGUGGGCAUUAUCCACGAAGCAAGGUCUCUUAAACACAGUCAACGACAGCCAACACUGGAGGGUUUGGGGGCACUUGAAGUCGAGAGCGAGGUCUCAUCUUUGACUCUGGAGAAGCUAUUUCAUGUUUCCUGUGCCCUGACUCCUGGCUCCACCCCUCUGCGGCUCCGACCAACCAAUGACCACCUGCUGUAGAUAACCCACUGUCUGUCAUUGGAUCAACAUGUCCCGUCUGCCCCCUUCUAUUAGCGUCCGUCUGCUUUGUAAAUGAGCCCUCCACGGCACCCUCUAGUGCCGUGGAGGUCUGGUUUCCUUCAGCGCCUUGUCCAGAGAGGGAGAGAGUGGUGUCUAUGGAGCCAUUUAGAUCGACUACUGUACUGUUCAGCUCCUGUCUGCUAAUGUUCAUGGACAGAGGACUACCACUUACUUCAACCAUACCUGCUUCUGUUAGACUGCAAUGGGACAGAGAGAUGUAUCCCAAAGAAGAGGAUUAUUGUGAACCUGGCCCGAGGCUUUCUGAUGAGUCUGACCUAGCGCCAGACUAUGGACUGGACCAAACGUUGGACUGGAUUUAUCCAGACUAUGGACCAGACUGGACCGGAUGACAUGCUCACUGCUCGCCCUGUGCUCUGCUGUGAAUAGCCUUCUGCUGGAGGAGUACACCUUUGGCACUCUCCAUAUUUUUAUAGACCAAAGAGGGAAAAAAAAUAACAGUUUAUUGUAAGACGAGAUGGACGAAAGAGAAAUGGAUACUUGUUUUUCUCGCUCCACAACAAUGACGGCCCUCAUAGCUGUAGAUGUUGGGCUUUAUGUCAUUCUGAACAUAGACUAUGGAGUCUAGUGGGACACGCAUACAAUCAAAGGAGUUACCUUUAAACAAUUUGCUGGCAUUUUUUUCUCUGACUAAACCCACCCACUGUAUUUUGAAACUGGAGAUAUAUGUAAACAUAUAUCUAUGUAUUAAAAAAAAUCUGAUUUGCAUUUUUCAAAAGCUACAAAUUGGGACACAUUGCAAUAAGCAUGGUUGGUAAAAACGGUAAAAGAGCAAAACUACUGAUCAUCAAUGAGGCGAAAUGAGAAUGUUGAAACUGUCAUUUCUGAUUGAGGCGGGCGGGUGGUGAAAAGACAAAUUGCAUUAAAUGUAUUUUGAAAGGCCUAAAACGUAUAUAUUUAACAGUUUUAUAUGUUGUACCUUUGUAGAGAACCUUAUUCGACAUGAAUAACGUGGUCACAAAAUGGCAGCCAUAGAACGUGAAAAACAAGCUCUCUAACGCUGGUUUGUCCUGCUCUCUUUCUGUUCUCAUGACAAGUAGCUUCUCCCCUCUCAUACCUCUAAUCUCCCAAUCUAUCAAAAAAUGCUCUUGAGUUAUGUUUAAAUAUUUAAUGGUAAUAUUUUACAGAUGCCUGUGAGAGUGUCUUGCAGUGUACGGUUUUAAUGUGGUUAACAACUCUGACACAGCAUAAACAAUCUGACUGAA